CCCAAUCCCAAACGCUUCCAAGAGUUUCUUCCAACCCAUCAUGGGAGAUACAAAGCUCUGCCUUUUGCUGCUGCUAGGCACAGCCUGUGUCUUGGCCCAGCAAGAUGUUGGGAAUGCUGAUGGACAAUCUCCAACUUGUCUCUUGGCAAAGAGGUACAAGAACUUCAGGAGAUUUGUGUACGAGUAUGAAGUCGAGACCCUUAAUGGCGUAAAUGGAGCUACCAGCCUCAAGAAUGGCCCUAAAAUCACCUGCAAGGUUGAAAUCGAUGUGCCCCAAACAUGCAGUUUUAUCCUGCGCACCACAGAGUGCUCUCUGAGCGAAGUCAUUGACAUUGACGCAGAGGGUUCCCCUGUGUUCAUGCCCGCUGCUGGUGCUGAGGCUUUCCAGGCUGCCAUGGAGAAGAACCCCCUGAAGGUCAUGGUUGAGGGACAGACAGGUGUGAAACUCUUCCCUGAGGAGGAUGAGACCAUCACCAUCUUGAACAUCAAAAGAGGAAUUGUCUCUGCUUUAAUCGUGCCUGCUUUGGAGGAGGAGAAGAACAAGGACAUGGCCACCCUUCAUGGAGUGUGUGAGACUGACUUCACCGUUAACUCCAGGGAAGACAUAGCCACUGAUGUCACCGUCACCAGGGACCUGUCCAAAUGUGACAGCUUCAUUGCCCAGAGGGACCACACCAGCCCCCUGGCUAUCAUCUCUGGCAUGCAAUACCCACUGUCCAAGCUGAUCAGCAGCACCCAGACUUGCAAUUACAAGUUUGACAAUCAGAAAAAGCACAUGACUGCUGGAUCCUGCACUGAGAAUCACAUUUUCCUGCCUUUCUCCCACCAGACUGAGUAUGGAGUGUCAACACUGGUGAAACAGACUUUGACUCUCCUGGAGACAAGCAAGAUCAACGAAAGAGUCUUCAACCACAAUGAGGCCAACCUCAAGGGUCUGCCCAUGGAAGCCGCUGAGGACAAAGCUGCCGUCCAAACCGCAAAUGCUGCUCUUGCCACCAUGAGGGAACUGAACAACCUGUCCGAGACCAACCAGGGCCACCAGCGUGCUAGCACCUUCCAGAGACUCGUGGCCGAGCUCCGUGGACUGAAGGGUGAGACUAUGAGCCCCGCCGUCCCCGAGAUGGUGUCCGUGUCGUACGCCCUGACCUGGCAGGCCCUGGCUCAGUGUGGUACCCCCGAGUGCAGCAGUGCCAUGCUCCAGCACCUCAGGACCUUUGGGACUGAAUCUAUUGAGGUUGAUGCUGCCGUCUAUGCCCUGGGACUCCUGCCCCACCCCUCCCGCCUCCUGGUCAAAGACAUGCUCAGCAUGGCUCAGUACAAACAGAGCAAGCCCAUCAUGUUUUCUCUAGGUAACGUUGUCAGAAAGCUCUACCAGGCUGAGGGCAAAGUCACCCCCGAGAUCACUGCUGUGUCUGAGUUCCUCGCCUCCCUUCUGGGUGCUGAAUGCACUGGAGAGAAGGAUCUGACCUUCCUGACCCUGAGGGUUGUUGGCAACAUUGGAGAGGCCAUGGAGGCUGCCGACGCUACCAUGAAGACCACCCUGCUGAAGUGCAUGAGACAGCCCGCCACAACCCUGCAGGUGCAGCUCGCCGCCAUCCAGGCCUUCAGACGCAUGUCUGUGACCGAUGAGGUGCGCUCUAACCUCCAGAGAGUGAGCUCAUACUCUAAGGGUGCCGUGCAGAAGAGACUGGCAGCCUACCUGAUUCUGAUGAGGACACCUGGGGCAAGUGACCUGGAGCUGGUGAAGAAAAUACUGAAGGCAUCGAUGCAGGAGCAGAAACCAGAGGUCCAGGAGCAGAAUGCGCAGGUCAAGGCCUUUGUGACCUCUCAUAUCUACAACAUCAUCCACUCCAAUGACCCCGAGACCAUGAAGCUGGGUGACAAGAUCAUGGAUGUCCUUGCUGACCCUACCAUUGCAACCACUCAUGGUGACUACGCUACUAUGUCUCGCAACUACAAGAUGGAUGCUGCCAUGACUGGCAUGAAGACCAGCAUGCAAGGAAACAUUAUCUUUGAUCCCACCAGCCAACUGCCCAAGGAGAUCAUGCUUGAGACUACCCUGAAGGCAUUCGGCUAUAACAUGGACAUGUGGGAGAUUGGCAUAGAAGGAAAAGGCUUUGAGCCAACCAUUGAGGCUCUGUUCGGAAAGAACGGGUUCUUCCCCGACACUGUGUCCAAGGCUAUGUAUUGGGCUGGAGACAAGAUGCCAGACCAGGUCAACGAGGUUCUGAAGAACUUUGCUGCCCCCUUGAAGAACGAGAAAACUAAGGUCCCAGAGAACCUCAUGAGGGAAAUUAUCCGCAACUUCAACAAGCUGGCAAAUGACCUGCAGGCUCAGGAGUCCCCUGAAGCCAUGGCCUACCUGAGGAUCAUGGGAACUGAGCUUGGAUACAUCAAGGGCAGCGAGCUGAAGGGCAUGGCCCAAUAUGCAGCCAUGUAUGCUGAGAUCCUCCUCAAGACCAUGCCCACAGAGGUCAUGCAGAAGAUGGUGGCAAGCACUAACAAUGAAUUGUUCGCCCAUUACAUCUUCAUGGACAACAAGUUCUCUCUGUCAACUGCCUCUGGCUUCCCUCUUAAGUUCUCUCUGUCCGGUACCUUUGCCCCCGGAGCUAAGGGAGGCCUCCGCAUUCAGCGUAACAUGCAGGAAGUGUCCUUCAUGCCCUCUGUGGGAGUGGAGUUCGUCACCCAGAUGGGAGUCCACAUCCCAGAGUUUGUCAUCUCCGCUGUGGAGAUGCACACUAACAUGUACCACGAGAGCGCCGUCAAUGCCAAGAUCACCAUGGAGCAGAACCAGAUCAAGCUGAGAAUCCCCGCUCCUCGGGGCUCCACCCAGCUCUUCAGAGUCAGUAACAGAAUGCUGACAGUGACCUCUGGUCAGGCUACUCUGAUCCCCCCCAUGGAUGAGGGCAGGACCAACAUCGUGAAAUGCAGCCCUCUCUUCUCUGGAGUGAAGUACUGCACCACCGUCCGUUACAACAUCGCUGGUGACAACGCUGCCGCUCCCUAUUUCCCUCUCAACGGAGAGACUAAGUUUGCUGUUGACAUCCAGCCCACUGGCGAGGUCUCGGAGUACACCGCCACCUUCGCCUAUGAGCUCCUCAGCGAGGGCAAGGAGGGACGCCAAAAGGUUGACACUGUGAUGAUGAUCCUGAGAGCAGAGGGUGCUGAACCCACUGAGGCCACCGCCACCAUGAAGUACAACAGGAACAGGAACGUCCUGACCACCAACGUCCAGAUCCCCGACUACGAUGUGGAUGCAGGAAUCAGUGUUGGUCUCACCGACAGCAGAGCCAAUGGAAAGUCCAUCACCAUUGACAUCACCAACAAGAACAUCCCUCAGCUGUCUCUGAUUGGCCGUGCCAAGCUUAAGAACAUGAUCGACGGUAUGGUGCAGGUCCAGCUGGUUGUCCCUGCCUUCAAGACUGAUGCAGCUAUAACUGCCACCAUGAAGAGUGCAGAGGAACUCACCCUGGAGCUCAGGAGUGACAUCAAGCUCCCCGAGACCACCUGCUUUCAGGGAAUCAUCUUCAAAUAUGAUGAGAACAAGGUUCAGGUUCAGCUGGUGUCCGACAUGGGCUCCGAGAUCCAGAAGCUUAUCCCUAACACCGAAGCCCUUCAGGCUUGGCUGAAGCAACUCUCUGAGGACAUUCUGGACCAGCAGGUGGUCAAGACCGACAUGAAACUGCGUCACAUCUUCAUCAAGUCUCUUGAGGCCAGCAACAAUUGGAUGGACAAGAUCACCACUGAUGUUCCCAUGGUUGAGACAUUGAAGGACAACAUGCCAGAGCUGGCAAUGCCCACUAUGCCCAAGAGACUGUACCUGAAAUCUGAGAGCACAUUCAAAUACCAGUUCAACAAGGACCGUGUCACCAUCAGCAUCCCCAUGCCACUCGGAGGAAAGUCAUCUGAGGAGCUGAGGAUCCCUGCCAUGCUGACCACCCCAAGUCUGUCCAUGCCCCAGGUCGGUCUGGAGCUUGCCUCCAAGGAUGUCCAGGUCCCCACCUUCUCCAUCCCCUCCAACUACGACCUCUCUGUGCCACUCUUCGGAAUGGUCGAAAUGUCUGCUAAGGUGAACAGCAACUACUACAACUGGGAGGGCAUGGUCUCCGGUGGCAACAACUCUGUGGAGUCCCCCAGCUACAUUGCUCAGUUUAAGGUGGUCGUUGACAGUCCAAUUGAACUCCUCGCUUUCACAUCUGAAGGAACUGCCCUCAUCACUGACAUGCCAGAAUACUCUCUGAAGGCUAUUGUGAAUGGUUCACUGAGCCACAAGCUCAUUGACAGCAGCUUUGAGGUCAUGGAAACUGUCAGUGUGUCAGACAAAGUUAGAGCCACAGGCAACCACAAGAUUCAGGCCUUCAGCUCUCUGGGUCUGCAGACAUCCCUGGACAUCACUUCCCAGGCCUCCCUGGCCUCUGACAUGCUCAUCGGAGAUGCUAAUAUGGAUGGUAGUGUAACCCUUGGGUCCAUGACCGCCAGCACCACCUAUUCCCAGUCCUUCUCUGUCAAGCCCAUAAAGAAAGAAGCCAGAGCCGAGUCCACACUGAGGGUGAACUCCCCAAUCCUGGAGAUUAUCAACAGGCUGAAGGCCAGCUAUGCUGAUGAGCAGCUUCUGAUUGAGUCCAACACCAACCUGAACAACAACCCCAUCAAGCACACCACCAAGUUCAGCAUUGGCUACAAGGAGGCCCAGCUGACCAUCAAGACUGACUCUGUGACCAAGGCUAAAGAGAAAAUGAUCCGCAGCCAAGUGGACUUCACCGCCUCUAGGAAUGAAGCCAGCAUCAGUGUAGAGAACCAGGCUGAUGAUACCGAGAACCGUGCCUACUCCCUACUCUCCGGAGCCCUGAACACAGCCGGCCUGGAGAUCAACGCUGACUCUUCCGUCAACUACCACAUCAGCCGCGCCUCCCACAAGGCCACUCUGACGCUGAACCAGGAAGGUCUGGCAACAAGCGCCACCACCACCGCCGCAAGCUUUCCCCUGACCUUCGAGAAUGUCUUCCAUGGUGGAGUCGAUACCACCAGGGCCCACGUGUCCCUCAACACCAAGGGAGCCAUUUGGGAGAACACCGCUGUCCUCAACUUGGAGGGGAAAGUGGCAAGCUCUGAGGUCUACCUGAACAGCAUGUACAUUGGCAAUCUCUUCGAAACCAACACCAGGAACAUAGUGAACCUGAAGGUGAACGAAGACGGCCUGGCCCUCUCCAACAACCUGGUCGCUGCCCUGUAUCAGAUGGAGACUGAGAACACACAUACCCUGACUCUCACUCUCAAAUCCCUGGCCUUCCGCUCCAAGACUGAGAACUUCUUAAACGAGGAGAACACCUACAAGCACGACAUCUCUGUCGACAUUCAGCACGUCGGUGUAUCUGUGAACAUGAACAACGACCUCAAGAUCACAGACAUCCACUUUGUCAACGAGGCCAUGUUCAAGGUAGAGGAUUACAAGGUGGAACUGACUGGCAACCUGAAGGGAGUCUCUAAAGAAGAGGCCAAUUUCAAGCACACCUAUGAGAUCAGUUUUGCUGACGUGACCGCCACUGCUAAGUGCAACACCCAUGGAAAAUACAUGUCAUCUCAGAUUACCCACACCGCUGACCUUGAGAUUGCUGGUCUGUCCACCAAGUUCAACAGCGUGGCUAGCAUCAAAUCCCAAACUAUUCUGGGGACAGCACUGAACCUGGACAGCACUGUCAACGUUGUUGCUGAGCCAUUCAUGGUUGACAUUUCUGCCCUAUUCAACUCCAACGGAACUCCGAAUAUGUUUGGAAUUCAGAACAUUGAGCUGUUCAACCAGUUCCUGUUGAAAGCGGAGCCCCUGGCUUUCUCCCACUCCUACGAAUGUAAGGCCUCCACAACCCUCCUGCUGGAAAAUGGAGACUCCGUCGAGACCAACCUGGGCAACAAGAUCAUCAGUAGUCUGACUCCUCAGGAGCAGUAUGCCUCAAUAAAGAUGACAUCCAAACUGAACAACCAUGAAUUCAACCAGGAACUUAGCACCAUGAACAAUGCUGAAAUUAUGGGAAUGGAUAUGACAGGAGCUGUUUUCACCACCAUCUUGAACAAGGCCAGUGAAAACCAGGAAUACGCCAUCUCUGGCUCCCUGAAGUACAAGAAGAAUAGUGACAGCUAUUUCAUUCAGCUGCCUUUCGUUGAGCAUAUGCCUGCGGUUAUUAAACAAGUCAAAAUUGCAAUGAUGAUGACGAUGGAGAACAGCAAAGGCCUGCUGCUAGAUAUUGACACCAAGUAUGAAAUCAGAGCCAAGAUCCAGGGGAAAGUGGGAGAACUGAAACAAGUUGUUGAGAGCUUCGACAUCAACCUGUUCAUUCAGGACCUGAAGAACUUAAUCAACUCCAUUGAAAGCCACAUUCCUACACUGAUGUCCAAGAUUCCCACUGAAGAAAUCAUGAAUGUCCUGAAGUCAAUCAAGGACACCGUUAUGAGUUGGAUCAAGAAAAAUGACAUCGCUGGCAAGAUGAAUGCUAUUUACACCAAAAUUGAUGAGAUCCUGUCCAAUUAUGAGGUUGAAAAGAUGGUUGAGAACAUAAUGGAUGAGGUUGUGGAAAUCAUGAAGUCCCACCAGCUCAGAGAACAUAUUCAGUCAGCAAUCAAUGCUCUUAAGUCUAUUGACAUCCAAGCCACACUGAAGAAAAUCAUGGCACAUGUGAACUAAUUUGUAAAUGAAC